CCUUCAAGAUAUGCCACAACUUGAAUAUUUUUUUUUAUUGCCCAAAAUAAUGAACGGUAUCAUGGAAAAAAAGAGGAAAUUUUUAUUAUUGCUUCUCAAGUGAACAUAUUAGAGAGAGUUUUUCUUUUUCUUCCAGAGUAACUCAUCAACUCCAUGAAAAACAGGAAGUUAAUGCGCCCAAAUCAGCCAUAUUGUUGAGGCCUUUUCCGUUUGGCAAGAGAGUAAGCGAUAUUUCUCCGGUGUAUUCAGGCAUACUAUCUAAUGCCUGCUGAAUAGAGUUUGACGGAAUCGAACAGAGAGGAGACAGAGCGAGAGAGAGAGAGAGAGUCUCCAUGUGAAGUAAUAGUUGAGCUUGAGCAGGGGCUAUUAUAAUAAUUAAGAAGAAAAAAUAUUGAGUUAACAACUUUUACCUAUCCUACUUAUAUUCUCAUCUGGGGAUCUGAUUGAUUGUUGUUGUGAAUUAAUUUGAAGAUUGCGUGUGUGAGCCAAAAUGGCAGAUGCAGCAGGUGAUCAUGUUGGCCCUGUUGAAGAAGAGUUGGAAGUUGAAUCAAACUAUAAACCUCCACCAGAGAAAACGAUAGAGCAACUGCUUGAAGCAGAUAAAGAGGAUGAAAGUUUGAGAAAAUACAAGGAGACACUUUUGGGCGAGGCCCGAGCUGGGGGUAUUGUCAUUGAUCCCAACGAUCCUCGUAAAGUAAUUGUUAAAAAAUUGGCACUAUGUGUUGCUGAUAGAGCCGAUAUGGAACUUGAUUUAACCGGGGAUCUGAGUCAGCUGAAAAAACAAACAUUUACCAUCAAAGAAGGUGUCAGCUAUCGUAUUCGAAUUGAUUUUAUUGUUCAACGAGAGAUUGUCCACGGUUUGAGAUAUGUACAAAAAACAUACAGGCUAGGUGUACCCGUUGACAAGAUGACACAUAUGGUUGGUUCUUACCCACCAAAAACUGAAGUCCAAUCGUACACAACUCCACCAGAGGAUGCACCAGCGGGCGUUAUGGCACGGGGAUCCUACACUGUGAGUUCUUUAUUCACCGACGAUGAUAAGCAUGAGCAUCUCAAGUGGGAGUGGUCAUUUGAUAUUAAGAAAGAUUGGAAAGAAUAACGAUUGUCUAUCCAUCUUGUGACUACUCAUUGCAAUCUUCAAGAUGAACCUUUUAAUACAAUAAAAGUUAAUUAUUGCUAAGCCAUCAAGUUUGUAGAAAUGGAUGCCUAGUAUAAUAAAUCCAUUUUUUCUUUUUUCGAUUCUUCAUUAAUUUAGUUUGAUGGUAAUUUGAUUUACCUAUUACUCGAUAUAUAGACAUGUAGAGACCAAGGCCAUACGGAUUUGUAUGUGUGUAUUUUUUUUCUUCUUUCAAUGCCAACGUUCAAACAUAAAAUACAUGUAUUAAUGUGUAUGAAACAAUGAAAAAGAAAAUGAAAAAAACCAAAAUGAUGGGGAAAAUUUAUUCAAGUUAUUUUCUCAAUUGUAAACAUCAUCCAACCAUAGAUUCACAUAGGAUAUCUCUUUUGGCCCUGAAAACACGAGAUAAUAUAAGAGAAUAUAUCAAUUUUUUCUAGGAUAAAAUGUGAAAAAUAUUUGUGUGAAAAUGUACAAGUUUUUGGUGCCUCUGGUAGCAUUUAUAUACGAUAUUCUCUGGCAGAAUUAGUCGAGUUAACAUACAGUGCCUACAUCCUACAUCAUACUCUCAAUGAUCAAUUUAAAACUUUUUCCGUUUUUUUUUUCUUUUUUUUUUCUUCCCAGCCUUUCAAUGGCUUGUAAUUAUUGAUUGAGAAUCAUCCCAUACAAGUGUCAUCGAUAUAAUAAAGUCUUUAGGACUGGUUGCACAAAGCCUAACUGGCUCACGUCACUCGUCACUUGACGAUUUUCCAUGUACUUUAAGGUGGAUUACUGAUGAUUCGUUGCUCGAUGUGGGCUUGGUGUAACCAACAAGCACUAUGAAAUAAUACUAAGUAAAUAUUGAGUUUUUACAUAGAGUAUUUGACAACAAUAUACACCACCAUAUAACCAAUUUUUGAAGCCAAAAUGCAUUAAUUGUACUCCAUCAAUGUAAAAUAUGUCGAAAUAAACGUUUUCCAUGCUACAUACACAA